AUCACACUAUACAUGGUAAUGCUUGCUGUCUAUGACAACUUGUUCAAAAUCGACAAAUCAUGUUUUCGAACGAAGCUUUUUAGAGCCGAGUCUCAUCAAUCGUCGCCGUGACGGAGGAGACAGUAGUUUGCGGCGACCGUCGCCGAUGAGAGGAUUACAGACGGAAGAAUCUGCAGACCCGAUCGUGUACUUGCCUAGGAUUCGCUCUGAGGUUUUCUCUUCUUCUCCGACGUUAACGAGCUUAUUUUCGCCGUCUUCUUCAUCUCCGAUCAAUCAAGAAGGUAAUAAAAGAGAAGCACCAAAAGUAGUAAUUAAUGUAGCAGUAGAAGGAAGUCCAGGUCCGGGACCUAUAAGAGCAAUGGUUAAGUUGAGUUCUAACGUCGAAGGAACGAUCAAAAUCGUUGUUGAUAAGUACUGCGAAGAAGGACGAACACCUAAACUCAGUCGAGAUUCCGCUUUUGAAUUGCAUCAGUCACAUUUCAGCAUCCAGUGUUUGGAAAAAAGAGAAAUAAUAGGAGAAUUAGGAAGUAGAAGCUUCUACAUGAUAAAGGAAGCUCAUGAACAAAACGGAGGUUCGCUACCCGGGAUUGCAACGGUGAGAGCUAGCCUUAUUCCGUCGUCGAAUUUGAUCGGAUCGUGCAUCGCUCAGUUCAUUGGGAAAAUCAUGAAAACGAGAAAGAUAUGGAACAUAUUGGUAUGUGUGCAGUGA